AUGGCUUCCAAGAUCCAGGUCUGGUCUCGUUUCAUAGCCUCUGUGGCUCUCGCCUGCCUCCUUGGUCCCGGCGCGCCCGCUGAGCUCUCCGCCGGCUGGUCCGACAACGCUGGCGCGACGUGGUACGGCGCACCAAACGGAGCUGGGAGCGAUGGUGGCGCGUGCGGGUACCAGAACGCCGUGGACCAGCCGCCGUUUCUCCUCCAUGGUCACGGCAAAGGCUGCGGCUCCUGCUACCAGGUGAAAUACACCGAGCACGCGUCGUGCUCCGGCACCCCGGUGACCGUGGUCCUGACGGACGAGUACCCCGACGGCGCGUGCCAGCGGGAGCCCGUUCACUUCGACCUGAGCGGCACGGCGUUCGGCGCCAUGGCGAUGCCCGGCGAUGCCGAGCAGCUCCGCAACGCCGGCCGCCUCAGGGUCCAGUACACUCGGGUGCCGUGCAACUGGCACGGGAUGGACAUCGCGUUCAAGGUGGACGCCGGCUCGAACCCAUACUACUUGGCGGUGCUGAUCGAGUACGAGGCCGGGGACGGCGACCUGCGGUCCGUGGAGCGCAAGCAGAGCGGCGGCGGAGGCGCGGCGUGGGCGCCGAUGCAGCAGUCGUGGGGCGCGGUGUGGAAGCACAAUUCGGGCGCCGGCCUGCGGGCGCCCUUCUCGAUCCGCCUCACCUCCGGCUCCGGCAGCACGCUCGUCGCCGACAAGGUCAUCCCGGGGUGA